CGCACGUGUGGCGUGUCCGCUGCGAGGCGUUUGUAAUCACACCGCUCUCACCGUCACGACAGCGAGCGCGCAGGGGUCUUUAUAUUCCACACCCUAUAUUCUAACCACCGUCUGCACGAGCUCGCCUCGGGUGGCAACAAUGGGACCGCCGAGGUCGAAGAAGAGGAAGCCCAGCUUUCGGCGGCUUCUGAAGACCAGCAAUGUGAAGCUGGAGAACAAGCUGAAGAACCGUCAGUUCAAACAGCAGAAUGCAGAAAAGAAGCACCGCAAGGAGCAGAGGAGGCUGAGACAGGCCAUGAAGGAAACCGCACUUAGCACCCCACGGCCUCUGGAGCGCUACAAGAAGAGACCAGAGGAAGAGGAGGAUGAAGAGGAGUUUGUGGAGAGCCUGCCGGUGGACAUGAUGGACGAAGACGACAUGGAGCAGAUCAGAUCCAUGGCUCAGAGGCCGUCCUUCCUCACCAGGGACCUGUCGUCAUGUGAUCCAGUGCACAGUAGGAAGAGGAAAUCGGAGCAGGAUGUGGCAAACUAUGAGAAGGUACCCAGGAAGAUGCUGAAGACACAGGAGAAGGAGGUGAUUCACCUGCUGCCCAUCAAAGACAAGACGGGCGUCAUCCCUCAGAGCAUGGAGAAACCAGUUGCCCAGAACAACGAUGAAGAGGAGGAAACAGAUGUUCAUGCUGAGUUCGAACCAUGUGAAAGCGAGGAGGAACCAGAACCAGAGCUGCAGCUGACGGAAGGGGAACGGGAGCAGCUCAGGGCCCAGAAACUGACCGAGAAGAAGCAACGAAUUGCCACCCUGGGGUCAGCCAUUAUAUCCGACCCCACCAAUGGUAUAAAGAAGCUGAAGGAGCUGCGGGGCAUGCUGAUGGAGUCUGACCCCUUCGUGGCGGUGAGCGUACGGAAGCUGGUCAUGGUGUCGCUGAUGGAGAUUUUUAAGGACAUCAUUCCCUCCUACAGGAUAAGACCCCUCACUGAGAGCGAGAAAGCCACCAAGGUGAAGAAGGAUACCAAGCAGCUUAGGGAUUUUGAAGAGGGGCUGGUCAGUCAGUACAAGUUCUACCUGGAAGACCUGGAGAUGAAUAUCGCAGACUGGAAGAAGAAGAGGAAAAAGCGGGUCCAGGCGGUGAGUCUGGAGUCCUACCGGGGCCUGGCGGAGGUGGCUAUCCGCUGCCUCUGUGAGCUGCUGCUGGCCCUGCCCCACUUCAACUUCCACAACAACAUCAUCGUCAUGCUGGUGCCCCUAAUGAACGACCCCGCCAAGAAGGUGUCGGAGAUGUGCUGCGAGGCGAUGUGCAACAUGUUCAAACAGGACAGGGUGGGCCAGGCCUCCCUGGGGGCCGUGCGGGUCAUCUCUGGACUCGUCAAGAGCCUCAACUACAACGUCAAGCCCAGGGUGUUGAAGACUCUGAUGUGUUUGAGAAUAAAGGAGAUCGAUUUGAAGAAAGAUACCGAAGCCACAGCACCAAAGAAGAAGUUCAUGAACUAUAAAGAGAAGAAGAAGAACCUCUCCAGGAUGCAGCGCAAGUGGAAGAAGGCUGAAGAGAAGUUGGAGAAGGAGCUGCUGGAGACGGAGGGUUCAGAAAGUAAAGAAAAGAAGAUCAAACUGCACACAGAGACGCUGAACAUUGUGUUCCUGAUCUACUUCAGGAUCCUCAAGAAGGCCCAUAAGUCUGCCCUGCUUCCAUCAGUUCUAGAAGGCCUGGCCAAGUUUGCUCAUCUGAUCAACUUGGAGUUCUUCGACGACCUGCUCAACGUGUUGCAAACCCUGAUCCAGUCAGAUGAUCUUACCAACAAAGAAAGUCUUUACUGCAUACAGACCGUCUUCAACAUUCUCUCUGGCCAAGGUGAUGUUCUUAACAUUGAUCCGCUGAAGUUUUACACUCACCUGUACAAAAUUCUGCCUCGGCUUCACGCUGGGGCUUCCAAUGAGGACGUCUGCAUUGUGCUGCAGUGCCUGGAUGUGAUGCUGACCAGACGCAAGAAGCAGGUGACCCUGCAGAGAGCGAUGGCGUUUGUCAAGAGGCUGUGUACCCUUAGUCUGCAUGUCCUGCCUCACGCCAGCAUAGGAAUACUGUCCUCCAACAGGGCUAUCAUUCACGCCUUCCCCAAGUGUGAUAUUCUCCUGGACAACGAGAUCCAGGGUAGCGGCGUUUACCUGCCUGAGCUAGACGAGCCAGAACACUGCAACCCCCAGAACACCAGCCUGUGGGAGCUACACACACUACAGAGGCACUACCAGCCCAUAGUGAGGAUGUUUGCCACCCACCUCUGCCGCGGUGCUCCCAGCGAGGGUACGGGUGCACUCAACACCGAGCUCAGCAGGAGGUUACCAGUAGAGUUGUUUGAAGACUACACUGUUAAAGACAUGACCUUUAACCCCCCUGUGGCUUCACCCAAUAAAAGGAAAAAGGAACGUUUUACCAUAGGAGCUACUCUAUUCGACAGCGAGCUGAAGAGCCAGGUGGAUAGAGUUUUGUCUGCUGACGACAAUGACACAGUACUGGACUUCUCCCAAAUUUUCACACAGCACACAACGUAACAGGAUCGCACACACACUUGCAGCCCAACUUUGAGCAAUGCAGCAAAGAGAAGAUGCUUGAUGUGAAAAUAUCAAGCUGUCCCACCUCUUCCAAUUUUUUUUUUAACUGUUUUUUCAUUCUGUAAUGGAGGUAAACCUGUAACACUUACCAUCUUUCUUUUUUAGGCGAAUGGGAUGUUAAACCAUCCUAAUUAAUUUAUAGUUUCUAGGCUUUCUUAGCAGGGGUUGUUUGAGUAUGCCGUUGAGGACAUGAAU